GUCCACCACCUAAGCCAGCGGUUAGAGAAGGAGGAACACAGUCCUCCUGUGUCCCCGGUGCCAGGAGGUGACUGACUACAGCAUCAGUCAUCGCUGCACACCCUACCUGGAGUUAGUAUAUAAAGCUACGCAGAGCGGAUCUCUGGUCCCGACCCUGGAAAAUCUGUCUCACCCACAAAGAUGUGGGUUCAUCUCCUUCUAGGAAUGUUGGCCCUAUCGCCAGCCAUUGCAGAAGAACUUCCAAACUACCUGGUGACAUUACCAGCCCAGCUAAACUUCCCCUCCGUUCAGAAGGUUUGUUUGGAUCUGAGCCCUGGGUACUGUGAUGUUAAAUUCACGGUUACUCUGGAGACCAAGGACAAGACCCAGAAGUUGCUAGAACACUCUGGAUUGAAGAAGAGGCACUUACAUUGUAUCUCCUUUCUCGUACCACCUCCUGCUGGUGGCACAGAAGAAGUGGCCACAAUCCGGGUGUCAGGAGUUGGAAAUAACAUCAGCUUUGAGGAGAAGAAAAAGGUUCUAAUUCAGAGACAGGGGAGUGGCACCUUCGUACAGACUGACAAACCUAUCUACACCCCAGGGCAGCAAGUGUAUUUCCGCAUUGUCACCAUGGAUAGCAACUUUGUUCCAGUGAAUGACAAGUACUCCAUGGUGGAACUACAGGAUCCAAACAGCAACAGGAUUGCACAGUGGCUGGAAGUGGCACCUGAGCAAGGCAUUGUAGACCUGUCCUUCCAACUGGCACCAGAGGCAAUGCUGGGCACCUACACUGUGGCAGUGGCUGAGGGCAAGACCUUUGGCACUUUCAGUGUGGAGGAAUAUGUGCUGCCGAAGUUUAAGGUGGAAGUGGUGGAACCCAAGGAGUUAUCAACGGUGCAGGAAUCUUUCUUAGUAAAAAUUUGUUGUAGGUACACCUAUGGAAAGCCCAUGCUAGGGGCAGUGCAGGUGUCUGUGUGUCAGAAGGCACAUACUUACUGGUAUGGACAGGUGGAACGGGAGCAGCUACCUGACAAAUGCGGGAACUUCUCUGGACAGGUGAGCGUGGAGGCCAAUGCCACUCAGAAUAUCUACAUUUCUCCACAAAUGGGAUCAAUGACCUUUGAAGACACCAGCAAUUUUUACCAUCCCAAUUUCCCCUUCAGUGGGAAGUGGAAUGGGGCAGAUGUUUCUCUGGAGGGAAAGUUUCAAAUGGAAGACUUAGUAUAUAAUCCGGAACAAGUGCCACGUUACUACCAAAAUGCCUACCUGCACCUGCGACCCUUCUACAACACAACCCACAGCUUCCUUGGCAUCCACCGGCUCAACGGCCCCUUGAAAUGUGGCCAGCCCCAGGAAGUGCUGGUGGAUUAUUACAUCGACCCGGCUGAUGCAAGCCCUGACCAAGAGAUCAGCUUCUCCUACUAUUUAAUAGGGAAAGGAAGUUUGGUGAUGGAGGGGCAGAAGCACCUGAACUCUAAGAAGAACGGACUGAAAGGCUCCUUCUCUCUCUCACUGACCUUCACUUCGAGACUGGCCCCUGACCCUUCCCUGGUGAUCUAUGCCAUUUUCCCCAGUGGAGGUGUUGUAGCUGACAAAAUUCAGUUCUCAGUCGAGAUGUGCUUUGACAAUCAGGUCUAUGGGAUGUUUCCAUUCUGGUAUGGCCACUACCCCUAUCAAGUGGCUGAAUAUGAUCAGUGUCCAGUGUCUGGCCCAUGGGACUUUCCUCAGCCCCUCAUUGACCCAGUGCCCCAAGGGCAUUCGAGCCGGCGUUCUGCUAUCUGGAGGCCCUGGUUCUCUGAAGGCACGGACCUCUUCAGCUUUUUCCAGGACAUGGGCCUGAAAAUACUGUCCAAUGCCAAAAUCAAGAAGCCAGUAGAUUGCAGCUACAGAUCUCCAGAAUACAGCACUGCCAUGGGCGCAGGUGGUGGUCAUCCAGAGGCUUUUACGUCAUCAACUUCUUCACGUCAAGCAGAGGAUUCUCAGGUCCGCCAGUACUUCCCGGAGACCUGGCUCUGGGAUCUGUUUCCUAUUGGUAACUCCGGGAAGGAGGCGGUCCACGUCACAGUUCCUGACGCCAUCACCGAGUGGAAGGCGAUGACUUUCUGCACUUCCCAGUCCAGAGGCUUUGGGCUUUCACCCACUGUUGGACUAACUGCUUUCAAGCCGUUCUUUGUGGACCUGACUCUCCCUUACUCAGUAGUCCGUGGGGAAUCCUUUCGUCUUACUGCCACCAUCUUCAAUUACCUAAAGGAUUGCAUCAGGGUUCAGACUGACCUGGCUAAAUCGCAUGAGUACCAGCUAGAAUCACCGGCAGAUUCUCAGAUCUCCAGCUGUCUCUGUGCUAAUGAAGCUAAAACCUAUCACUGGAACAUCACAGCUGUCAAAUUGGGUCACAUUAACUUUACUAUUAGUACAAAGAUUCUGGACAGCAAUGAACCAUGUGGGGGCCAGAAGGGGUUUGUUCCCCAAAAGGGCUGGAGUGACACGCUCAUCAAGCCAGUUCUCGUCAAACCUGAAGGAGUCCUUGUGGAGAAGACACACAGCUCAUUGCUGUGCCCAAAAGGAGAGGUGGCAUCUGAAUCUGUCUCCCUGGAGCUCCCAGUGGACGUUGUUCCUGACUCGACCAAGGCUUAUGUUACAGUUCUGGGAGACAUUAUGGGCACAGCCCUGCAGAACCUAGAUGGUCUGGUGCAGAUGCCCAGUGGCUGUGGCGAGCAGAACAUGGUGUUGUUUGCUCCUAUCAUCUAUGUCUUGCAGUACCUGGAGAAGGCAGGGCUGCUGACGGAGGAAAUCAGGUCUCGGGCAGUGGGUUUCCUGGAGAUAGGGUACCAGAAGGAGCUGACGUACAAACACAGCAAUGGCUCAUACAGUGCCUUUGGGGAGCGAGAUGGAAAUGGAAACACAUGGCUGACAGCCUUUGUCACGAAAUGCUUUGGCCAAGCUCGGAAAUUCAUCUUCAUUGAUCCCAAGAACAUCCAGGAUGCUCUCAAGUGGAUGGCAGGAAACCAGCUCCUCAGCGGCUGCUAUGCCAAUGUGGGAACUCUCCUUCACACAGCUAUGAAGGGUGGUGUUGAUGAUGAGGUCUCCUUGACUGCAUAUGUUACAGCUGCAUUGCUGGAGAUGGGAAAGGAUGUAGAUGACCCAAUGGUGAGCCAGGGUCUACAGUGUCUCAAGAAUUCGGCCACCUCCACCACCAGCCUCUACACACAGGCCCUGUUGGCUUACAUUUUCUCCCUGGCUGGGGAAAUGGACAUCAGAGACAUUCUCCUUAGACAGUUAGAUCAACAGGCUAUCAUCUCAGGAGAAUCCAUUCACUGGAGCCACAAACCUGCUCCAUCAUCGAAUGCCAGCCCUUGGUCUGAGCCUGUGGCUCUAGAUGUGGAACUUACAGCAUACGCAUUGUUGGCCCAGCUUACCAAGCCCAGCCUGACUCAAAAGGAGAUAGCCAAGGCCACUAGCAUAGUGGCUUGGUUGGCCAAGCAACGGAAUGCAUAUGGGGGCUUCUCUUCUACUCAGGAUACUGUAGUUGCUCUCCAAGCUCUUGCCAAAUAUGCCACUACCGCCUACACGCCAUCUGAGGAGAUCAACCUGGUUGUAAAAUCCACUGAGAAUUUCCAGCAUACAUUCAACAUACAGUCAGCCAACAGAUUGGUAUUUCAGCAGAAGCCUCUGCCCAAUGUCCCUGGAAUGUACACGCUGGAGGCCUCAGGCCAGGGCUGUGUCUAUGUACAGACGGUGUUGAGAUACAAUAUUCUCCCUCCUAAAAAUAUGAAGACCUUUAGUCUUAGCGUGGAAAUGGGAAAAGCUAGAUGUGAGCAACUGACUUCACCUCGAUCCUUGACUCUCGCUAUUCACACCAGUUAUGUGGGGAGCCGUAGCUCUUCCAAUAUGGUGAUUGUGGAAGUGAAGCUGCUAUCUGGGUUCAGUCCCAUGGAGGGCACCAGUCAGUUACUUCUCCAGCAACCCCUGGUGAAGAAGGUUGAAUUUGGAACUGACACACUUAACAUUUACUUGGAUGAGCUCAGUAAGAACACUCAGAUUUACACCUUCACCAUCAGCCAAAGUGUGCUGGUCACCAACUUGAAACCAGCAACCAUCAAGGUCUAUGACUACUACCUGCCAGAUGAACAGGCAACAAUUCAGUAUUCUGAUCCCUGUGAAUGAGGACAGAAGCUGGAAAGAGACUCAAUUAGUCCUCUAUGUCAUUACUGGAGGGUGGAACAUUCUUCUGUCGCUUGAAGCAGAACUCAUUCAAUCAAAUAAUUUAAUUUCUCUGACUAGUAAAUGGGUAACAGAUGAAUAUGUCUGAACCUCAGCUGUAAUACUUUCUAGUACCUUUGCAAGGAGAUGGGAUAGGAACAAGCACUCAGAGGAGGCGCUGUAUGGGCAAGGUCACAGGAGGAAGAAAGGUGGUUUAGCUGUUUUGUGUAGCCAUUUAGGGGGCUCUCCAGAGAGGAGACGGUGGUGGAGGGUGAACUAGAGAAGACAAGAAUGUCUUCCUAGGCUGGGCACAGUGGCUCAUGCCUGUAAUCCCAGCACUUUGGGAGUGUGAGGUGGGCAGAUCACUUGAGGUUGGGAGUUCAAGAUCAGCCUGGCCAACAUGGUGAAACCCGUCUCUACUAACAAUACAAAAAUUAGCCAGGUGUGGUGGCACGGGCCUGUAAUCCCAGCCCCUUGGGAGUCUGAGGCAGGAGAAUCGCCUCAGCACUGGAGGUGGAAGUUGCAGUGAGCUGAGAUUGUGCCACUGCACUCCAGCCCGGACAAUGAAGCAAGACCCUGUCUCAAAUAAUAAUAAUAAUAAGAAGAAGAAGAAUAAUGUUUUUCUAGAGUUUAAAUCUAAGGGAAAAUGUGAUUUAGGGCUUUGGGAAUUGCUAAAAAAAUAAAAAUGGAAAAG